CUACUCGGCGACAUUUCAAAAAUAAUUCAAAACUUAACCAUCUGCGACUAAAAUAAAAUAAAAUUAGAAUAAAUUCAAAAAUUCUUAAUAAUUCUAAGUUAGGAUAUGAUGAAUUCUCGAAAUAAUUUAAUUAAGUUAAUUCUGGUUUUGUUUUGUUUGUAAUAACAAUUGUAUUUUCGUUCAUAUAUUUAUUUAUGAAGUAACUUUAUUACUUCCACUUUUGUCUACUAUUAACUUGAUUUAAUACAAGUCAGUAGAACAUUACUUAACAUUAUUCUAGCACCGUCAUCUUAAUUACAAUGUCGAGGCCAGUUCAGGAUGUAGCAGAGCUGACAUACAAUGGCAACAACCCUGGCGCAGUCAAGUUUGGUAAUUUCAUAAACUAUUACUCGUUUCACAGUUCAAAGGAGAGAACAAACAAUUUACAUCCAAACAUGUUUCCCCUGAAAGAUGAUGAAAGCAACAGUUUUGUAUGUUUAGAUAUUGGUUGUAAUACAGGAGAACUGACUAAAGAUUUAUAUUUUUAUCUAAAAGAAUCAUAUGGAAACUUGGAUGUCAAAAUUUUGGCAAUUGAUAUUGAUCCAACUUUAAUAGAAAGAGCCACAGAAGACAAUGAUAUCACUGAUAUAACUUUUGUAACUUGUGAUAUAGUGUCGGACACAGGUCGCAAACUGAUUCAAGAAUAUAAAGAAGCUCACAAUAAACAGAUGUACGAUGUAAUUUUUUGCUUCUCUGUAACUAUGUGGAUACAUAUUAACAAUGGAGAUGAGAAAUUGAUUGACCUAUUAAACUUUCUAAAAGAUAAUGCGAGGUCAUUAAUCAUAGAACCUCAACCUUGGAAAUGUUAUAAAAAUGCUCAGAGAAGAAUGAAAAGGUCAGGUAAAAACUUUGAACUGUAUGAAUUAUUGAAAAUUAGAGACAAUGUAGAUAAGAAAAUAGAAGAGAUCUUAGAUAAUAACAGCCAUACAAAAGUGUAUGAGUCUGCAUCAUCUUCAUGGAACAGAAAAAUACAAAGCUAUCAUUUAAAAAUUAAAUAGGAUUAAAAACACUUAUAUUUAUAAUUUAUGUUAUUAUAUUUGUACAUAAUCAUGUUUAUUAAUUUAAAAGCAGAAAUAUAAGAUAUUUUCUUA